AUGCCGGGCGCCGCCGCCCCGCUCCCCCGCCCGCCCCAGGAGCGCCGGCGGAGGGUGGCUCCGCUGGCCGCGGCCCCGCCGGCCCGGGCGGGGGACGAGCCUCUCCUCAGGGGCAUCUUCGAGAUCGACAAGAGGAGCUGCGACGUGGUGCUGAGCGCCCGGCGGCUCCGCUGGAGCCCCAUCCUGCCCGAGAGCCCCACAGGUGAUCCCAAUGUGGCUUUACAGUCUCAAGAGGAGAUUAUUGAAAUGAAAGAUGUAUUUUCAGUAAAACUGAAACGUCGUCGUUUUGCAGGGCAGAAAAAAGGUGGUACUUUGUUGGGUAUCACAAUUUUUAAAUUCUUGAAUAAAGAAGAGAAUAAGCUCACAGACUGUGCUGUCCAUUUAAAUAACUUGAGUGAAGAUCAUUGUCAGUCGUGGUUUAGACAUCUGAAGGAAAUUCUGAAUGGCUUUCAAAACAGACCAAAAUCCUUGAAAGUGUUUGUUAAUCCAAGCAGCCACAAAAGAGAAGCUGCWCAUGUUUAUUAUGAAAAAGUUGCGCCUCUUUUUAACCUUGCUGACAUAAAAACUGAUGUCACAGUAACUGAAUAUGAAGGACAUGCUCUCUCAGUACUUAAAGAAUGUGAUCUCCAGGCAUUUGAUGGGGUGGUUUGUGUWGGUGGAGAUGGAUCUGUCAGUGAARUUGUUCAUGGGUUACUGCUUAGAGCCCAGCUAGAUGCUGGAAAAGGCACAGACUGUGUAUCAAAGCCUGUCAGAGCACCGCUUCCUCUCGGAGUGAUACCAGCAGGUACCACCAAUAUUUUGGCCCAUACACUCUAUGGUAUUAAACAUGCAGUGACUGCGACAUUGCACAUUGUUCUAGGGCACAUUCAAGCAGUAGACGUGUGCACUUUCAGCACUCGGAGCAAGCUGCUGCGCUUUGGCUUCACAGCCAUGUUUGGGUUUGGUGCGAGGACUUUGGCUYUGGCUGAGAAACACCGCUGGAUGCCCUCCAGUCAGAGGAAGGACUUUGCUUUCAUCAAAACACUGGCAGAUCUCAAGCCAGAGGAAUGUGAAUUAUCAUUUCUACCUCUACAAAUUCCACAGGAAGAGUCUCAUGAGAAGGACCGAAAGAAGAAAGAGAGAAUUAAAAAAGGUGGCAAGGAUCAGUGGCAGAAAAUUCAGGGUCACUUCCUGAAUGUGAGCAUUAUGGCAAUCCCUUGUCUGUGUUCAAUGGCACCAAGAGGCUUGGCACCUAAUACGAGGUUGAAUAAUGGAAGCAUGGCUCUCAUUGUUGUACAAAAUACUUCUCGAACAGAGUUUAUAAAGCAUCUGAAAAGAUACACCAGYGUACACAAUCAGUUCAGUUUUCCCUUUGUUGAGACCUACACAGUCCAAGAAGUAAAAGUACAACCAAAGMCUAAAAGUGGAUCUGAUGCCAAGGAAAAUAUGUGUCUGAGUGCUGCCUCUGAAGAAGGGAAUUACCCUUGGAAUAUAGAUGGAGACUUAAUGAAAGAAGCAUCAGAAGUUCAUGUUCGGGUGCAUCCUCAACUUAUUGACCUUUAUGGAGUGAACACUGAUGACCUGGAGAGCUCCCAAGCAACGUGCAACUGCAUAUAGAAGGGAAACAUUGCAAGUUCCAUAAUAAAGAAUCCUGUUCCCACCUCCACACACAGCUUUCCAAGGUGCUGGACUUKUACAACUGUCAGUUGUAGCAGAAACUUAGUUGGGAUGUAUGUAGUAUUUCUGGGUUUAAAUCUGUAUUAAAUGAUAUAUUUUUAUCAGGUUGUAUUUAACUGUAUAGAAGCUGUUAGGCUUUAACAAGAAAAAAAUAAAUUGAUUAUAUUAGUCUCUUAAAAUUUGGGGUUUGAGAAGUGUCUGGCAAAAUAGAAGAAAUUCUUUUUUCAUUGAAGUUAUUUUAGAUUCUUUUAGAACGAGAUACUUCUAGUCUGCUGCUGCUAUCCAAAAUAAGUAUUUUCUCUAUCCUAGAACUGAAAUGUUAUUCAGAAUAUUUUUUGUUCUUGCUGAGAAUAAAGUUAUGAUAAAUGACUUAGAGCUAACUUAAAUUUUUAUAAUGUCCUUAUUGGCAUAAACAUAAUAUUUGAGUGGGUUUUUUGUAGCAUACUUAAUAUUGAAUACAAUUAUUUAAGAGAAUAGUAAAUUAAGACUAUAUUCGAGAUGAAAAGUAACAGACCAUGUUUAUUCACCUGCAGGAUCAUGGGUAACAAAUGUUUUCUGGCCACUUGUGUAGGAAUCAUUCAGAAGGCAGUGCACAAAUAGAGAAAGCUGUGUUGUGUCAGGGCAAGAAUGAGUUGUUUUAAAUGCUUUCUUCAAGAAGCAGCUGAGUGUAAUGUGAAAUCCAGUCUUUAUAUGAUGUUGCUGAAUCAAGGGCUUAAGCUUUUACAAGAGAUCUGUAGCUAAUGUGAUUUUAAAUACUUGUGAAAAAUUCUUACCUGUGGUAAAGACCCAGGAMAAAGUACUGCACGUAAAAUACUGCAGAUGAUGAUUUGGCUCCUAAACCCAAGUGUUACCUGUUGUCCAAGUCAGUGAGUAGUCUCCAAUGAAAACUAAUCUUGUAUCCCAUCAUUUAUUUUUAAGAUACUAAGGCAAUUCAAACUAAACUUCUUAAAG